AUGGUCCAAAUCAGCGAAGUCAAGGGCAACUCGCGCGAGAACAGGACCGCCGCGCACACGCACAUUAAGGGCCUAGGCCUGCGCUCCGAUGGCACUUCGGAGGUUUCUGGCGAUGGUUUUGUUGGACAGGCUGCUGCCAGAGAGGCCUGCGGUGUCGUCGUCGAUCUAAUCAAGGCAAAGAAGAUGGCAGGACGUGCAGUUCUGCUCGCCGGUGGCCCCGGUACUGGAAAGACUGCGCUCGCUCUUGCCGUAUCACAGGAGCUUGGAACCAAGGUCCCGUUUUGCCCGAUCGUUGGCAGUGAGAUCUACUCUGCGGAGGUGAAGAAGACAGAAGCUUUGAUGGAGAACUUUAGACGAGCAAUUGGUCUUCGCGUUCGGGAAACCAAGGAAGUGUACGAGGGAGAGGUGACAGAGCUGACUCCGGAAGAGGCUGAGAACCCCCUUGGUGGAUAUGGACGCACAAUCAGUCAUUUAAUUAUCGGGUUGAAGUCUGCUAAGGGCACAAAGAAGCUUCGCCUGGACCCCAGCAUCUACGAGGCCAUCCAGAAAGAGCGCGUUACUGUGGGAGACGUCAUCUACAUUGAAGCCAAUACCGGUGCCUGCAAGCGUGUCGGAAGGUCUGAUGCUUAUGCGACGGAGUUCGAUCUCGAGGCAGAGGAAUACGUGCCUGUUCCCAAGGGUGAAGUUCACAAAAAGAAGGAAAUUGUUCAGGAUGUCACGCUGCAUGACCUCGAUAUGGCCAAUGCCCGGCCGCAGGGUGGACAGGAUGUGAUGAGCAUGAUGGGCCAACUGAUGAAGCCCAAGAAGACCGAGAUUACCGAGAAGCUGCGUCAGGAGAUCAACAAGGUGGUCAAUCGGUAUAUCGACCAAGGAGUUGCUGAGCUCGUUCCUGGUGUGCUUUUCAUCGACGAGGUUCACAUGCUCGACAUUGAGUGCUUCACCUAUUUGAACCGGGCUCUCGAAUCCACCAUUUCUCCUAUUGUUAUCCUCGCCUCCAACCGUGGCAACACGGUCAUUCGCGGCACUGACGAUAUCAGCGCUGCCCAUGGCAUUCCUCCCGACCUUCUGGCUCGCCUCCUCAUCAUUCCCACCACCCCAUACUCCCCUGAGGAAAUCAAGACUAUUAUUCGGCUACGCGCCAAGACGGAAGGCCUCAACAUUACGGAUCCCGCCUUGGAGAAGGUUUCCGAGCACGGCAGCAAGGUCAGCUUGCGCUACGCCCUUCAGCUGCUGACUCCGGCCAGCAUCCUUGCACGCGUCAAUGGACGUCCUGGUGGAAUCGAGGCAGCGGAUGUUGCUGAGUGCGAAGAUCUGUUCCUGGAUGCCAAACGGAGUGCUAUGAUUGUCAACCAGGACAGUAGCAAGUUCCUCCUCUAG